AUGGUCGUUACCAGAAAGGGAAUAAGGGAUCAUCUUUUCCCGGCAACAUCUGAAGACAGACCGAUACCUUUCAGUGAGAAGUAUGCCAGAAGACGAACGCCAAUCAUUGGUCAAAUCAAGGGCAGAACGAAACGACGAUAUCUGAUCAACCUUCCUAGAAAGCAGGUGGGCUCGCACAUAUCCCAAGUAGAGCCCGUGUUCAAGCAGCGUUCGGGACAGGGCCAUUCGGACACGGAGCACAGUGACCGCCUUGAAUCGGAGGAUACUGACGCCGAGCGUACUGAUGGGGAUGAUACUGACGCCGAGCAUCCUGAGGUCAAGCGCUCUGUUGCGAAGCGCUCUGUUGCGAAGCGCUCUGUUGUGAAGCGCUCUGUUGCGAAGCAAAAUGAUGCAGAAUCCUAUACUAAAGAACAAACUGAUGCUGGCCAUAACGUCACGGAGCAAACUAACACGAAAACUCCCCAUAAAAAUUCUUGCGAAGAUAUAUAUAUCAAUCGAAUGCUACCAGAUUUCCCUGUAACUGAGCAGGAGCUGAGCCUUGAGAUGUCGAGAUUUAUACAGUACCUAGUAAGAGCUCAAGUGAGCCUUGCCGUUUACGAUAAAGAUGUUUGGGAGCCACAAUUUCCAGGAACCGAGGAACAAGUCAUCUCCAAGUUAUUAGAGACCUUCAGACAUCUCGUUCGGAUGGAGGUCGGUAGUUAUAAGAGGUGGGCUUCACCGCCUCACUCUCCUAUGACUGUAUUGUCUCGAAGCACGAAUCGUAAGAAAUAUCAGAACUGUGAACUCGUCGGAGUCUUGCAGGAUUUGAUUAGGAAGACCGCUGAGCAGUACAAAGACACUUUGAAGUAUCAACUCGAGUUGGGCAAUCAACCUUCAUUAGACUCAGCACCAACAUAG